AUGCUCAGCGCCGCUCUCCGAAGGCGCGUUCUCGCCCCUACCCACAGCGCCCUGCGAACCGGCUUCGCUGCCCACGUUGUGCGACACUAUGCCUCGUUCCCCGAGCACCAGGUCAUCAAGAUGCCCGCUCUGUCGCCCACCAUGCAGGCCGGUAACAUUGGCGCUUGGCAGAAGAAGCCCGGCGAUUCUAUCGCCCCUGGUGAUGUCCUGGUAGAGAUUGAGACCGACAAGGCCCAGAUGGACUUCGAGUUCCAGGAGGAGGGUGUCAUUGCCAAGAUCCUUAAGGAUGCUGGUGAGAAGGAUAUUCCCGUUGGAAGCCCCAUUGCCGUCCUUGUUGAGGAGGGUACCGAUAUCUCCGCCUUCGAGAAGUUCUCCAUUGAGGACGCUGGCGGUGACGCCGCUAAGUCCGCUGCCCCCAAGAAGGAGGAGAAGUCCGAGUCCAAGUCUGAGUCCGCUUCCGCCCCCGAGCCUACUCCUGAGCCUCAACAAUACCAGUCUCAGGGCCGUCUCCAGACUGCUCUCGACCGUCUCCCCAACAUCUCCGCUUCUGCCAAGCGACUUGCCCGUGAGAAGGGUAUUAACAUCGAUGGCCUCAAGGGUACUGGCAAGAACGGUCAGAUCACCGAGGAGGAUGUCAAGAAGGCCAGCAGCAGCCCCGCCGCCAGCAGCGCCCCCAGCGCUACCUACGAGGACAUCCCCAUCAGCGGCAUGCGCAAGACCAUUGCCAACCGUCUGGUCGAGUCCACCCAGACCAACCCUCACUUCUACGUCACCAGCUCCAUCUCCGUCAGCAAGCUCCUCAAGCUCCGCCAGGCUCUGAACAGCUCUGCCGAUGGCAAGUACAAGCUCUCUGUCAACGAUUUCCUGAUCAAGGCUAUCGCUGUUGCCAGCCGCAAGGUUCCCCAGGUCAACUCUAGCUGGCGCGACGGCAACAUCCGCCAAUUCAACAACGUCGACGUCUCUGUUGCCGUUUCCACACCCACUGGUCUCAUCACCCCUAUUGUCACCGGUGUUGAGGGCCGUGGCCUCGAGGCCAUCUCUAGCCAGGUCAAGUCUCUCGCCAAGAAGGCCCGUGAUGGCAAGCUCAAGCCUGAGGAGUAUCAGGGCGGUACCAUCUCUAUCUCCAACAUGGGCAUGAACCCCGCUGUUGACCAUUUCACUGCUGUCAUCAACCCUCCCCAGGCUGCCAUCCUCGCUGUUGGUACCACCAAGAAGGUUGCCAUUCCCGCCGAGAACGAGGCCGGUGUUGAGUUCGAUGACCAAAUCACCCUUACUGCCAGCUUCGACCACAAGGUUGUUGACGGUGCUGUCGGUGCUGAGUGGCUCAAGGAGCUCAAGCAGGUUCUUGAGAACCCUCUUGAGCUUCUUCUGUAA